ACAAGGAAUUCCGCAACCUAGCAACCACCAGCACUCAACUGACACUACUCUCAACUGACACUACUAAGUUUCCUUAUAUGGCUUUUAAUCCAUGUUCAGCUUUUUACAAGUAUGUAAAAUGAAAUUUCCCCCUUUAUAUUCAAGCUUCUGUUGUUCCUGCACCUAUUGAGCAUUAGCUAUCUAAUCUACCUCUCUGCCUCUGUUUAAAAGGCCUGGUUAAAAAGGAACCUUUUUGCCUGGCGCCUAAAGGUGUAUAAUGAAGGCGCCAGGCAAACUUCCCUGGGGAGAGCAUUUCACAGAUGGGGAGCCCGUUCUUGUGUUGCCACCCUCCAAACCUCUUGAGGAGAAGGCACACAAAGGAGGGCCUCAGAAGAUGAUCUCGGUGUCCGGGUAGGUUCAUGAUGCCUUGAACAAUUAUUUCACCUUAGAAAGUACAGUGGUACCUCAGGUUACAGAUGCUUCAGUUACAGACUCCACUAACCCAGAAAUAUUACCUCGGGUUAAGAACUUUACCUCAGGAUGAGAACAGAAAUUGCACGCCAGCGGCGCAGCGGCAGCAGGAGGCCCCAUUAGCUAAAGUGGUACCUCAGGUUAAGAACAGUUUCAGGUUAAAAAACGGAGCUCCAGAACGAAUUAAGUUCUUAACCAGAGGUACCACUGUAUAUGAAUCAAACACAAAAUUUUCUCAUUGCAGAUUAAUGGGAAGUGUGUGAUGGAGGGGUGGGGCACCCACCCACUCUUUCCCCGUAGGAGGUGGUCUUGGUAACCUGGUAAUUGCAAGGACAUGGCCAUGCAUGUAUAAACGGGGAAAUGUAUUACAGACUUAAAAAUUGUUUUCUUAUGAGAUUCAUUAUAGUUAAGCCUACCAGAGAUACGCUUUAAUUCUUGGAAGGAUGAACAUUAAUUUAAAUAUGGUUCAGCUACAGGACAAGACAAGCUUAAUGAAUUAACCAUCUUUUCUCCACAGCAGGGUGUUAGGGGGAGGCGGGGGGAGGUAGUGCUAACCAUACUUUAUUUUAAUCAAGCUUUAUAACUCUGACUUAAUAAACCUUGUAAGUAAUUUAAUUUUGCCUCACUGAAUUGUUUAGUGCUGCAUGUGAGAUUUUUAUUUCUUCCCCGUUUCCUUUAAUAUAACUACUCGCAGUAAGCAGAGAUGAGAAGUGUUUGCAAUGAGAACAAGAUGAGAUUGAAUUACCUAAGUGUACCUUGUGUUGCUUUUUAGGUGCGAUGUAAUAUUAUGUGCCUUGCCGGCCGGCCACAACACUUACAGCAUUCAAAAUGGUGUACGGCGAAUUCUUCCACAGGCCGGGGCAAGAUGAGGAGCUUGUCAACUUGAAUGUGGGUGGCUUUAAGCAGUCCAUUGGCCAAAGCACAUUGCUCAGAUUUCCCCAUACGAGACUCGGGAAGCUGCUCAAAUGCCAUUCAGAAGAAGCUAUUCUGGAACUGUGCGAUGACUACAGCGUUGCAGAGAAGGAGUACUACUUUGACCGGAACCCUUCCUUGUUCCGCUAUGUGCUGAAUUUUUAUUACACAGGGAAACUCCACGUCAUGGAAGAGCUCUGCGUCUUCUCUUUCUGCCAGGAAAUAGAGUACUGGGGAAUCAACGAGCUCUUCCUUGACUCUUGCUGCAGCAACAGGUACCAAGAAAGGAAAGAAGAGGGACUUGAUAAGGAGUGGGACCAGAAAAGCAAUGCCGGAAGCCUGGAUUCUUCUGACGAUGAGUCGUCCAUCUUUGAGAAGGAGCUCGAGAAGUUUGAUAAGCAAUGGUUGGGGGAGUUGCGCAAAAACAUAUGGGUCAGAAUGGAGAACCCUGCCUCUUGCUUGUCCGCCAAGUUGAUUGCUGUUUCCUCCUUGAGCGUGGUCCUAGCAUCCAUUGUCACCAUGUGCAUCCAUAGCAUGCCAGAAUUUCAGAAGCUGGAUGCCAACGAAAGGGAGAUAGAAGACCCUAUCCUGGAAAUAGUGGAGAUCAUAUGCAUCAUCUGGUUCACCUCUGAGCUUAUGAUCAGGUUGGCUGCUGCUCCCAGUCAGAAAAAGUUCUGGAAGAACCCGCUGAACAUUAUAGACUUUGUCUCCAUCAUUCCGUUCUACGCCACUUUGGCCGUGGACACCAAAGAGGAGGAAAGCGAAGACAUCGAGAACAUGGGGAAAGUGGUCCAGAUCCUGCGUUUGAUGAGGAUCUUCCGUAUCCUGAAGCUGGCUAGGCACUCUGUUGGGCUGCGGUCAUUGGGUGCCACUUUGAGGCACAGCUACCACGAAGUUGGACUUCUGCUUUUGUUCCUGGCCGUUGGGAUUUCCAUUUUCUCCGUCCUGGUCUACUCUGUGGAAAAAGAUGAUGACACAUCAGAGUUGCAGAGCAUCCCAAUCUGCUGGUGGUGGGCCACCAUUAGCAUGACCACCGUUGGCUAUGGAGACACCUACCCGGUUACUCUUGGAGGGAAGAUCAUUGGCACAACGUGCAUCAUCUGUGGAAUAUUAGUGGUAGCUCUUCCCAUCACGAUCAUUUUCAACAAGUUUUCCAAAUACUACCAGAAGCAGAAGGAUAUUGACGUGGACCAGUGCAACAACGACCCCAAGGAGAAGGCAAACGAGCUCCCUUAUUUUAAUAUUAGGGAUAUUUAUGCAAAAAGGAUGCACUCCUUUAUUUCUAGCCUUUCUUCAGUAGGAUUUGUAGCCAACGAUCAAGAUUCAACCGACGCCUCAAGCAUCCAAGAUCUUGACGAUGUUUAUAACACAACAUCUUUGCAGAAUGGUACAGGAAAAUGAGUUGAAUCUCUUUUCUUUACUGUUUCCUUCUAAUAUUAGCACAGCUUUGACAAAGAGCACUUAAAUUCUCAGGGUAUCUUAACUCUCUGCCAUAUUAGGGCAUUCUUGGCUCUGAUGAUGUUGCACAUUCUUUACAGUUUAGAUGGGGCUUAAGGAUAGAUAGACUGUGUGUGGUGGAUUAGUUUUUUGUUUCUUUCACAUGGCUUCAGAAAAUGGUAUUGAGUGUGCUUGGUCCGGCAACCAAGUCUGAUAACCUUUUAAAGAAUGUGUGGUUUGAAUGGAUUGUGCGUUGGGAAAUAGUGGGUUACUAGCACACGGGAAAUGUGCUGGGACAAAUGUAAUUUUUUAUUUGGGUGAUUAUACCUGAGAAUGAACAGAAGUGCAUACGAAACCAUAUUUGCUAAGAAACCAAAUAGUCCUGAACUAAGCCGGGGGCCUGUUAGCAUCUGAGGUUAAAAUUCAAUAUUAUACAGGGCUAGGGAAAGGCUUUGCUCCUCAACCAUAGUUCACCCAGGCCUUCUUUGGUGUUAUGGGUGGGUGCAAUUCACUUGUGCUUCCUGUAGCUUUCAUACAGCCCUCAGCCUAAUUCCAUGCCAGUGGAGGAAGCCUGGUGGGAGGAAGGAAGUGGAAUAGAAAAUAAUGGAGUGACAGAGAAGAAAUUGAAAGCCUCUUGCAAGCAAUUUACAGUACAGUGGUACCUCUGGUUGCGAACAGGAUCUGUUCCAGAGGCCUGUUCGCAACAUGAAAAGAGCGCAACCUGAAGUGCCGUAUGUGCACGGCACAAUUUGGCGCUUGUGCGCAUGUGCGAAGCAUGAUUUAGCGCUUGUGUGCAUGCGCGAGCUGCGAAACCCGGAAGUAACCUUUUCUGGUACUUCCGGGUCGCCGCAGGACAUAACCUGAAAGAACGUAACAUGAAGCAAACGUAACAUGAGGUAUGACUGUAGUGUAAACAUCUGGCGAGUGUGAUCUCCAGCAGCCUGCUGGGCUGGGAGAAAGAGGAAAGGGAUGAAGGGGAACAGGGAGCGUGAUUGGUCCUGGCUGGUUUUGGGUGUAACCCCAUCCAAGCCCAGUUCAACCAUGCCCACCCCUGGCUUUCCCUACCUGCCAGAUUCAGGGAGAGAAAAAAGCUUCCCAACUCCCGCCUUUCGAUGUGCAAAAUGUCGGGACUUUAUUUUCUUUUGUAGGCACAGACACCUGUUUCAGAUGCAUGUCUUGCUUAGCUGCUUGAUCUCAGGAAAGAUGUGUGCAUUGCCACUUGAUGUGCCAGCCAUUCACCCUUCAUUUCUCACUGCCGGGUUGGGCGACCUUUUUUUUACCUACUUACUUGUUUACACACACAAACAUGCACACAGGCAAGCAAGAAGCAUUACUCAAGGGCACCUUCCAAUUGGCAGAAGCACUUGAGGAAGGUGUUGUACAAGCCUGGUGUGGGAUGGCGUCCAGUGAGAAGACUGUGGUUCACUAAGAGGAGCUGGGGGGGGGAAGGGUUCCUCCAUCUUUGAUUUAGUGUCUGAACCUACCCUUAAGCCAUAGAUCGACAUGGUGGAUGGCAGGGUCAGGCAAUGAGUCAGCCAUAUUAUUCCUUCCAACUCACUCGGUUCAGUUCGCUUUUUAAAUGGACGCAUAACAGAGCUGGAAGGAACCCAGAAGCCAUAUCAUAUAUUUCCUUGGCCCUAGCAUAAAAUUAAGCUGCCAACUUCCACAAGUCCGAAUAAUAGCAUUCCCCCGGUCAGAGAGAAUGUACACCCCAUAAUAGUGUUGGCCAAGCAGUUGACUUGAAGCAAUUUGUACAAAUUUGGCAGUAUACUUCUGUCUUAAUUUCUGGAUCCUGGGACUUCUUAAGUGAAUCCAUCCUCGCACAUAGAAACACAUUUCCAUUUAUUUUUCUCUUUCCAAUUAAUUUCUAGUUUGGGGGAGGCAGAGUGCUCCCGCAACUUGCAGUGCGACGGACUAUGUCAAGCUGACCACGAAACCAGUCUAAAUGUCAAGUCUUGCCCCUGUUUAUGGGCUCAGGAUUUUAUAUCCUCUGUGUACUUCCUUUGUUUUGGUGAUGGUGACAGCAGGACGCAUGACAAAGCAGUGAAGCAUUUGCUUGGUUCUCCGCUGAUUGCAGUAGGAGGAAUUCAUCAAGGCUGACUAUAAAUGGAAUAGGGGUGCUAUCAUCUUUGUACGUGAGAUUGCAAGUCGAAAUUCUGAUAGCCACCCGGCCACUAAAGCCCACAGAGAUCCUUGUAAUCACCUGGAGGAGGCUAAAUUAUCUCAUAUGAAAUCACACAUUGUAUACACACAGCAGGAGCUUCCCAGAGCUGCAGAACCUACUACUGCAAGGGAGAUUUGCUGGUGCACUCCAUUUUUGGUCUUCACAGCAGAAUGGCCGAGCCCCCAUACCUCCAUUUAAGGCAGCCAAAUUGCUCAGCCGACACUAAAAAGCUUAACUUAAGCAGCCUUCUCUUGUCAAUCAUUCUCACAAACCAGCCUGGCGGUGUUUAAAACAGAGAGACCAAUGAUUCAGAUACUGUUAAGAGUGGUGAUGAGGAAAACUCUGUAAUAUCAGCUGAGAGGAGAAGCUGAAGCCUCUUUUUAUGCUUUCUGAGUAUUUUUUAUUAUUCUGACGCUCUUCUGCUGUUGAGGGGUACCUGCCAAAAAUGUUCUGAAGUCUUGUGAAUCUACUUUGUUUUUUGUUAGAGCUCUGAGAUCCACCAAGCAGAAUCAGGUGGAAAAGACGUACAAUUCAAGGAUUAAAUAACACCGAAUCCAGGAAUUUGUGUUGAGUACCUGAACUGAACUUUCUGCAUUUCCACACAGAAUCCAUGAUUCCGUGUACUCAAGCUUUCUUCAUUGCAGCAGUGUAAUAGUAUUGGGGGGGGGGGAUAUGUGCCAUUUUAUUAUUCCCACUGUCAAAUGACUGGAAGUCAAAAGUCUUUCCUGAUCUGCUUUGGGUUACCCAGAGGUGUACUUGUAGCUGCAGAUUGGCUGUCUGCCAACCCCUUCUUUAAAAGUCAUAGGAACUAGGAGAAGCAAAACAUGGGGCUUUCUGACUUAGAUAUAUAGGGGCUAGUAGACAGCUUUCAGUGAAAAGACUGGUUUGGGGACAGGGAUUUGCUGGAAUUCUGGAGGAUGGGGUGGUAGGUUUGCAGCUUAAUAGCUUCUGGUUUAAUACAGAGGUAGUAGCUACCAGUGGGGUCGCAGGUGGUGCUGUGGGACGCGGGUGGCGCUGUGGAACGCGGGUGGCGCUGUGGUCUAAACCACAGAGCCUAGGGCUUGCCGAUCAGAAAGUCGGUGGUUCGAAUCCCCGUGACGGGGUGAGCUCCCGUUGUUCGGUCCCAGCUCCUGCCCACAUAGCAGUUCGAAAGCACAUUAAAGUGCAAGUAGAUAAAUAGGUACCACUCCAGCGGGAAGGUAAAUGGUGUUUCCGUGCGCUGCUCUGGUUUGCCAGAAGCGGCUUAGUCAUGCUGACCACAUGACCCGGAAGCUGUCUGCGGACAAAUGCCGGCUCCCUCGGCCACUAAAGCCACUAAAGUGGCUUAGUCAUGCUGGCCAUAUGACCCAGAAGCUGUACACCGGCUCCCUCAGCCAAUAAAGCGAGAUGAGCGCUGCAACCCCAGAGUCGUCCGCGACGGGACCUAAUGGUCAGUGGUACCUUUACCUUCACCUUUAGCUACCAGUGGGCUAGACACUUCUAGCUGAAUUUGUAUAAGCAACUCAAGUUUUCCCCAGUGGCUAAGAAGGGGUCUUUGAGGGAGAAGCACAGGCAUAAACAGUGGACAUUAAAUUGAUAGCACUGACUAGGGCUGGGGGAUAUCUGGUUUUCAAUAUAAUGAUAUAUCAGCAGCUAAACAUCGCGAUAUACCGAUAUGCCACGAUGUCUGAAAUAAGGAUGGUGCUAUGCAGAGGCAUUGACUGGCCUCACAGUUUUUCCUGCAUCGUGAUUUUUGCUGGCGGUGCUCUUGUGAUUUGCUGCACCCCCCCCCCCCAGAGGCAGAGGAGAACUGAGCUGGUGGAGUUAGCAGGGGCUGCAGGAAUUGAGAGAAGCAUUGGCUGGCUUCACGGUUUUCCCUACGUUGUGAUUUUUGCAUAACACACACACACACACACACACACACACACACACACACAUCAUGAUUCAAGUCAAAAAUGGACUUCAAACUGGUUUUGGAUCAUAUUUCGCCCAGCCUUAACACACAUCGUGAUUUGUGAUAUAUUGCCAGGUCAAAAGUUAUGAAGCCGAUAUCGCAAUAUGGACUUCAAACCGGGUUUGGAUGAUAUGUUGAUCUAUCGCCCAGCCCUGGCUAGCUGGUGGUGGGGUGGGCAAGGCAGACAUGUGCGGCUUUCUUUUCUGUUUCAUGUGCCAGCACAGAUAUUAUCUUGGCUGAAGCAUUGGGUUUGCUGCAUGCAACAGUUUUCUUGGAAUACAAGGCUGUUGUGCAGAGACGCACCCUGGAAGCCAUGAUUGGCUAGAAGCAUCGUUAGUUACCAGGUUCUUCUUGCUUCAGCUGAUACAUGCAGUCAUGAGUAUAGCAAGUCCCUUCUAAACCACUCCUUUUAAACAGUUUUUGUGAGUUUUGAAGGACAAUGUCAGUGCAGUAAGUUCAGCUUCCACAAGUGCAGCCAGCUUACAGCAUGCUGACUCAUCCUGCCUGUGCCUGAGUCCCUUAUUCUUUGUGAAAUGACCAAGAUCUGCUAAAAGUCUGGAUAAAGUUCUUUUAAUGCUCUCAGAUUAAUCAAUAGCUCUUAUAAACCCAUUACAACUUUUCAGUGCGCUGAGCACCUCUCUGUCUCUGUCUUUUAUUAUUACUUUUUAAAGCCCCAAAGAACCACAUCCUGCAAUUUGUGUGGCACACUGAUAAGCGCUCAGAAAUAUUGCUGUGACUGAUGCUACAGAAUGUACGCUUCCUACUAUUUCCAAAUCUUUCAGUCUCGAUGCCGUGCAAAUCCUUUAUAAAAAGUUGCCUGUUUUCUGUAGUGCUGUUUUCAUUUCCUAAGAUCUUCUCUGCUUGUGUGCUUUUGUCUGCAGAAAGACACAGAGGACGGGAAAGUCUAUGGGAAGCCAAGGCUUCAGAGUAGCCCUAGUCCAAACAACAAACCCAUCUCAGUGGCUUUUAUUGUUAACUUGAGAAAUCCCUGUGCCACUUCACAGGAGAGAUGAGUGUUUUGGGAGAGCUGGGCACCUAGCCUUUCUCCUUUCCACUACUGUGCUUCACUUUAGACCCUUACUAUUUCCAUAUUGGGAUGCGGGUGGCGCUGUGGGUUAAACCACAGAGCCUAGGACUUGCCGAUCAGAAGGCCAGCGGUUCGAAUCCUCGCGACGAGAUGAGCUCCCGUUGCUCGGUCCCUACUCCUGCCAACCUAGCAGUUCGAAAGCACAUCAAAGUGCAAGUAGAUAAAUAGGUACCGCUCUGGCGGGAAGGUAACUGGCGUUUCUGUGUGCUGCUCUGGUUCGCCAGAAGGGGCUUAGUUAUGCUGGCCACAUGACCCGGAAGCUGUACGCCGGCUCCCUCGGCCAGUAAAGCGAGAUGAGCGCCGCAACCCCAGAGUCGGCCACAACUGGACCUAGUGGUCAGGGGUCCCUUUACCUUACUAUUUCCAUAUUGGCAAGACUGGCCCUACUGUUAGCCAGAGUGAGGCAACUGCCUCAGGCUGCUGGUUUCGGGUAUCAUGAAAGGCCGAGAAAGACCAACAUGGUUCCUUGAUCUUGUUGGUGGGUGAAAACUCCCAUCAGCCCCAGCCAACAUGGCUGAAGGUCAGGAAUGAUGGGGGUUGUAGUUUCUGCAAGACAUCACAUUGUCUACCCCGGAACAGAAUAAGAGAGAGCAGCCGACCAAAUGAGUUUUGUAGUUGAGCAGGGAUUUAAGCCCAGUCCUAUUCGGACGCUCUACUCCAGAAUUGGAGAACCUCAGGCCCAUGGGACUAAUCAGACUUCCCCAUUUACUCUCAAGGUUGAGGCCGUUUUGGCCAAGCUUUGCCCACCCAAUCUUCACCUGGUGUCAAACUGGUUCUUUAUUGUCCCAGUCUACCUAAAGGAAGCUGGCUUGCUUUUGAAUAUGAAAUUGCUAAGUUUUUCAAAAUGUUCAAGUUUUCCCUGAUGCUGUGGAUUGGGACUGCCAUUUUGGAUGUAAUAACUGGCUGUGAGCCUGAAAGACUGCAAGCAUAUGUAAUGUUGGAUUGUAUCCAAGAAAGAGUGAUAUGUUUUUCUUGCUUUAACCAAUCAUGAAGCAAUAGCUGCAGGAGUUCAUAUAACUUGAGUAAAAUUAUCAUUUCACUUGGUGCAAAAUUGCAUCUUGACUCCAGCCGCUUCCAGAUCAAAAUACAUUAGGCAAAAUAUUUGGGGUGGAUGAAUUUUGGCAGGAACCGAUAACCUUAUCUGAAAUUAUUUCUACUCUCCUGAUCUUUCUAAAGCACAGUAAUCUCUGCAAUGUGAAAGUAGAAAGAGUAUCAAGUUGCUGUUUGUGGUGGAAACUCAAGAAAGCAAAACUUUAUUCCCUGGAGUAAAGUUAGAGGCUUACUCAGAGCUUCAUGUAACCUGGGUCAAGAAUGUAUACAUGGGAUAAGAAAAGCUGCAUUCUGUGACUAAAAAUUGUCAGAAAUAAAGAAAGGUGCAUAUUCUGCAUAGUUUGGAUAAUUCCUGUUUUGUUUUUUUUGUAGCCUGACUAAGAGGUAAGGACCUAUGCAGGGCACAGGAGACCCUGCAUGCUAUCCACAAACACUCAAGCCUUGUCUUUAUAACCUUGCAAGUGCAGAAAUUCAAGUUAAUGAGAGGCUAUACCAAUCAGUACUGUGGGUGAGAUUCUAUCCCCAGUUCCCAUGAGAAAGUUGGAGUCGUACUCCAAAAAUUUAGUUUCUUGCCAUCGGACUUCAUUUGUAACCUUUGUUUUGUUCAUACAUAUGCCUUAUAAUUUGGUGAGUCGUCGUUAAGUUCUCCCCUGUAAUUAUUACAGAAGCUUUAUAGACUGUUUAUUUUUAAAAAAGUUCUCCAAAGCAGUUGCACAAAACGUUCUAGCUUUAUCUACUAGAUUGUAGUAAAGGGGCCGUAAAGGAGGCAGUGGUGAAGUUUUGCAUUACUAGUUCAGGGCAUAAGAAUUAAUAGCCGUGGUGACAGCAAAUUGUUAAGGGAAGCAUGUUGGUGUUCAAGCACUGUGAUGCCCUUUCUCAGGCAGGCUAGAGACAAAAAAAUCACACUAUGGCACAGGGGAGGGGCAUGUUUUAAUUUAUUUAUCUUGAGCAUCUCUGCCCUUCUCUUCAUUUUAAUGUAACAACCCGAUUGCACUAGCUACCAAUUAGUUUCCGGGCCAAUUCAAAGUGGUGGUUUUGACCUAUAAAGCCUUAAACGGCUCAGGACCGCAAUACCAUAAGGACCACCUCUUUCCAUAUGAAUCUACCCAGACCCUGAGAUCAUCUUCUGAGACCCUUUCUGAGCCUCCUUCUUGAGAGGUCUGGAGGGUGGCAACAUGAGAACGGGGCCUUCUCUGCAGUGGCUCUCCAUCUUUGGAAUGCUCUCCCGAGGGAAGUUCAACUGCGGCCUUCAUUAUAAACCUUUAGGCGCCAGGCAAAAACAUUCCUUUUUAACCAGGCCUUUGGUCGAUCUGAUUGACAUCCAAUGCCCUUUUAAAAUGUGUUGCGGGUGGGGUUAUUGGGUUUUUGUUUUUAUUAUGUAUUUUGUGAUCUUAUCCUGUGAACUGCCCUGAAACCUGUGGCAUAGGGUGGUAUACAAAUUUAAUUAAUAACAACAAUGAUAGUAUUUUUAGAUGGUUGUAACUUGCCCUGGGACCUGCUAGUGAAGGAGGGUAAUAAAAUAAUAAACAUGCAAGGGGUGAUCUCUAAUUUUCCACUGUUCGGCAAUAUAGGAUGACACUGAAAAGAAGGAGAGGGUUGCUGUGCAUAGCUGUCAACUUUUUCCUUUUCUUGUGAGGAAUCCUAUUCGGAAUAAGGGAAUUUCCCUUUAAAAAAGGGAAAAGUUGACAGCUAUGCAGCUGUGGAGCUACAAUGAAUCACUUUGUGAAUUGUUGAAGACACAGGGCCCUUUCCAUACCAUUUUGGUGUGUGGCAGUUGCACCAGAGAGGUAGAUUAGAUAGCUAAUGCUCAGUAGGUGCAGGAACAACAGAAGCUUGAAUAUAAAGGGGGAAAUUUCAUUUUACAUACUUGUAAAAAGCUGAACAUGGAUUAAAAGCCAUAUAAGGAAACUUAGUAGUGUCAGUUGAGUGUAGUGUCAGUUCAGUGCUGGUGGUUGCUAGGUUGUGGAGGUCCUUGUGACACGCCCUUCAUUGUGACACCUCCCUCUGCUGGCUCCUUGGUCACUAGGGCUCUAGAGGCAUAGCAAUCUCCUUUGGUUUGAUCAUUCAGCGAGUGAGAGAGAAAGUGGAUGGAGAUGUAAGUAGACUUUCUCAUCAGCAUCUGCAUUCUGUGCUGGUAACUCUCCAUGAGAGUCUUAGGGAACAUUUAAAAGAUUAAGAUUGGGAAUAAUAAUGUAAAUGCUUCAGCCAGCCCUUCUGGGCAUCUUUAUGACUCCACCCACUGUUUUGUAACAGGGAAGGGAAGUGACUAUGGAUUCUGUUUACACUUUAGGAAAAGUAAUAAGAUGUCAUGCCUUGGAAAAGGGCGUUCUUUUUUGGCUAGUGACACAAGAGUCACUUGAUAACUCGCCAUGGGAGCAUUAAGCAUGUCCUCUGGAGAGGGUGAUAUCUUGCACUGUCUUCCUCCCCUUCCUGACUCCCAGGGCCCAUCUUUCAAAGGACAGCCAAGGUACAAAACCCUUCAGCAUGCUGAUGUUUCUUCUCUAGUAAUAUUAGUCUGUGGUAUUUGAUGUUUCCCUUUUAAACAUCCCUUCUCCACACUAAGCAAACCCACCUCUUUCAAUGAGAUGAUGAGCAUUGUCUUAUAAUAUUCAGAGGGUGCUAUUCUGGCUACAGUAUUCAAGCACUCUCUUCACAGGAUACCCAUAAUGAUAUGCCUUGGAAAGUGAAUUCAUCUUGCGCUCUGAGUUGUGAAUGCCCAAACCAGUUUAGGGAUGUAGAUCAGGAGAGUACUGUGAGUCCCAUUUCUCACAUUUUAACAGGCCUUCUCUGCAGUGGCUUCCCAUCUGUGGAAUGCUCUCCCCAGGAAAGUUCGCUUGGCGCCUUAAUUGGACACCUUUAGGCGUCAGGCAAAAACGUUCCUUUUUAACCAGGCCUUUGGGUGACCAGAUUGACAUCCUAUACCCUUUUAAAAUGUGGCUCUUUUGUGGGGGAGUUAUUGGGUUGUUGUUUUUAUUUUGAUUACGGUAUAUAUUUUGUGGUUUUAUAUUCUGAUUUUGUUCUGUGAGCUGCCCUGAAACCUCCAGGUAUAGGGCAGUAUAAAAAUUCAAUAAAUAACAACAACAACACCAGUGUAAGUUAUAGUAUAAUAUACUGUUGGAGUUUGGUAUGUGUAGCAGCAGAGUAAAGAUAUAGUUUGGUGAGACUGCUGGUUGUAGGAAUAUUUUAAAAAAAAAACUCCUGACAAACAAAGGCAUUCUGAAUUCAUGUUUACAGUAUCCUUUAAGGAUUCCUCUCCAGGCAGGAUUGGGAAUGACUGAGGUCUGAAAUCCUGUAAGGCCGCAUCCAGUCAUUGCAGACAGUAUUGAUCUAGGUGAGCCAAUGGUCUGGCUCAGUGCUAUUUUUCUAGAAAAAGAGGUGCCAAAAUUCUCCAUGAACACCUCCCUUGUUCUCUUACACACAGGAUGCAGGUGACACUGUGGUCUAAACCACUGAGCCUCUUGGGCUUGCUGAUCAGAAGGUUAGUGGUUCGAAUCCCCUCAACAGAGUGAUCUCCCAUUGCUCUGUCCCAGCUUCUGCCAACCUAGCAGUAGAUAAAUAGGUACAUCUGCGGCGGGAAGGUAAACAGCGUUUCCGUGCGCUCUGGUUUCUGUCAUGGUGUUCCUUUGUGCCAGAAGCGGUUUAGUCCUGCUGGCCACAUAACCCGGAAAGCUGUCUGUGGACAAACGCCAGCUCCCUCGGCUUGAAAGCGAGAUGAGCUCUGCAAACCCAUAGUCGCUUUUGACUGGACUUAAUUGUCCAGGGCUCCUUUAUCUGUUCUCUUAUAAUGGCAGAGGGGCUGAGAGGUGCCAGAACUGAGUUUCAGCCCUGGGUAUAAUGUACUUUCCUAUCUUCCCUUGGCUGCCAAGACAAAUAGCUGUAAGCUUUAGGAUUGGAUGACUGUCUCUGGCACAGACAGAAAGCCCACGAAUGUGGGAAAUGAAAUCACCUAUGAUUCAUUGUGGGAUAAACUAACUUCCUUAAGUGAGCGUGUGGCCUGUAGUAUAGGUUUGUUCCGACUCACCAUCCCCUCACCUGAGGGCUCCCCCCCUUCCCAAUGAAAUGCUAAUACGUGCAAGGUUGCCUAAUAGAUUGCUAUACUUGCUGGCUAGGUACCUGUCAAAACAUUGCUGCAUUUCCUUAAGAAAGGUUGGCACAAAGCUAAUCGCUGCUAAUGUGCGGUGUGCUGAACUGCGUCCAGGGCUUUGCUGCAUUACAGGAAUGUGUGGCUUAUGCAGAGUGCUCUUGUGAGAAAACAGUGCUUGCUGCUGCUGCUGGAAUCCCUUGGGCCAAAUCCUGAAAACUUAAUAGUUGGCGGGGGAGGUUUUUGUUGUGUGUGCGUGUUCAUUAGCCGUCCGUGCAAAGCAGUACCUGUGAUGUUGCAAGAAACGGUGCAGUUAGCAUUAACUGCAAAGGGAAAAAAGCCUUUGAGGUUGCUGCUUUGCUGUUCUUGUAUCCUUUGUCGUUUUUUGUUCUUCGAUUAUUGCAUUUGUGGUUUAAUUGUUUUAGACUGCAGUCUUAAUCCUCUGCCCACUUUGCUUGCAGUAAGUCCUCUUGAACUCAGUGGAGUGCAUUUCUGAAUUAACAUCCAUAGGAGAUCGCAAAGAUAUUUUUCUGAGCUGCCUUGGGAAAAUUAGUCUUAUUCUAUGUCCUCCCUGCGGGGCUCUUGGGUGGGUGCCACCACCCAUUCUUGCUCAUCCUGACAGUUCAGAUGCUUGAAAUUUCUCUACAGGGAGCUGCCUAUGUACCGUAAUAUCUUAGUUGUCUACACAGUUGCAUAGGGUUGCCAUAUGUCCAGGAAAUCCAGGACAUGUCCUCUUUUGAGGUGCCUACAUGUGCAUCUGGGGGGAUUUUUACAAUUUUAAGCAAAUUGGGCUUUUGGAGGGUUAAAAAAAAUUGUGUGCGUAUGUGAGUAGCUUGGGUUCAGGUGCGGGUGCGGACAACCUGGGGUCUGGCCGUUUCUUGGGCUCUGGUGUGGACGGCUUGGCUGGGGGGCAAGUGGAUGAUUGUUUUUAAAAAAGCUCAGUAUUUUUCUUCUUGAAAAUAUUUUUAAAAUUAAUUUUCAAUUACAAAAGUCCAAUAUAUGGCACAUUGUAUCAAUACCAAAUUACCAUUCUAAUUCAAAUACCAAUCAGUUAAAAAGCCAAUUACACAUUUUAGAUGUGCUAGAUUUCAAGGUACGAUAAUUUCGUUUAAUUCUGCUUCCAGAGCCUUAUUUAAUCCAAUUACAUUUCAGUUUUCAUCGUAAUCCAACAGCUACAGUAUUUUUAACUUCCGUUCGUAUUAACACAUUUAAUAAUUUGUAUUCCCGCAACUUUUUUUUGUCCAUGUUUUUACCUCUGGAAAUAUGGCAACCCUACAGUUGCAUAAAUGCUAUCCCUUCCCCCAUAACAAAAAACCCCACACUGAUUUAGGGCUGUUUACACAUUAUUAUUUACUUCGGCACCAUCACAAGCCCGCUGUUGGUGUUUGAAGCCUUGUACAUAGAACGCUUGCUGCAAUAUGUAUCUAUCCUAUAGUUUCUUGAGAAAUGCUGCUAUUGGAUGCAUUUUCCACCCUGUUUGAAAAUGUAAGCCUCGUUCACUUCACAGUUAAGAUGAGGUGUGUACAGUAGAGACAGCCAUUGCACAUGUGCACAGACUGCAUCUUCAUUAAGAGGAGUUAGGAGGAGUUUCCAGGGAAACCAAGCAGGUAAUGCACAUUGCAUGAGGACAUCUCUGCCACCCCUCUGUUUUCCAGUGGUUUUCCUGUAAUGAAAAAACAACCUCUCUGCAUUUUUAGCUGCAAAUGCGUACGUGGUCUUCAUUUUGCCAAGGCUUUGUUGAGGACAGAGAGAGAAGGCAGGGCCUAGCGUAUCAUACCUCUCAUGUAGGUUUUUCUGCUGAUGCAGAAACUGCUGAUAGAAUUGCAUUUUCUGCUGAUCUUCAGAGGUGGUCAUUUUGGAACCUACCCUCAUUUCAGAUCCUGCCAAAAUGGCCAUUAGUACUUUUUCUCCUUUCAUCAUUUCAGAAACGCGGCCAAGCUUUUGCCUGCCACUAGAAAAGAUCCUUGCGGUUAUUUACUUGAAUUUUCAAACUCUUUAAGUCAUGUUAUUAUAAUGUUUGUCUACAGUGGAUCAUCAAAGAAAAUGCUGUCUGGGUUGCAGCUUAAAAAAACACACACACAACAUCAAACAGUUCUUAAUUCUUUUCUGGGAGCAGCUACAAGUAUGGUGAUUUCAUAUAAACAAUGAAAAUUACACUAAAUCAAUUUGCAACCUUUCCCCCUGUUCAACAUUCAGAGGGAGGAUCUGAAAGUCUUUGCAUGAAGGCUGUUCCAAGCAGUAAGACGUUCUAGGGCUGCAGUUCUUACCUGGGUUUGUCUUCCUUUGGAAGGAGGUCAUUGGAGGCUUAUGGUGUCUUGGAAUAUUUGAGUUUAUUUACAAAUAUUACAAGAAAUGCAGCUUAAGCACUCCAACCAAGAGGCAGAUCCAGUACCUCGGCCCAGUAUAUCAGUGUUCAGCCCGACCACUGAGGUCCAGCGCCGAGGGCCUUCUGGCGGUUCCCUCACUGCGAGAAGUGAGGUUACAGGGAACCAGGCAGAGGGCCUUCUCGGUAGUGGCGCCCGCCCUGUGGAAGAACCUCCCAUCAGAUGUCAAGGAAAUAAACAACUAUCUUGACUUUUAGAAGACAUCUGAAGGCAGCUCUGUUUGGGGAAGUUUUUAAUGUUUGAUGUUUUGUCGUGUAUUAAAUUCUCUUGGGAGCCACCCAGAGUGGCUGGGGAAACCCAGUCAGAUGGGCAGGGUAUAAAUAAAUUAUUGUUAUUAUUAUUAUUAUUAGCGCUCUGGUGACAUCCAACUAAGUCAUACUCAGGGAAUGACCCACUGAAAUAAGCAGACUUUGAUACCACUCUCUGUAUCUUUUGAGUCUUGGACUCAAAUCACAGUUUCUGUUGUUUCUUUUCACACAAAGGCAUGGAUAGCAUCAUCCUCUGCAUGUGUGUGUGUUUGUAGAACCAAAGGAAGGCAUGUAUCAAGAUUCCCAUCAGCCACAGCCAUUACGGCAAUAGUUAGAAUUGUGGAAUUGCUGAGUUACAAGGGACCACCAGGAUCAUCUAGUCCAGCGGUUCUCAACCUGUGGGUCUCCAGAUGUUGUUGGACUACAACUGCCAUCAUCCCUGAGCUCUGGCCUUGCUAGCUAGGGGUGAUGGGAGUCGUAGUGCAACAACAUCUGGGGACCCACAGGUUGAGAAAGGCUGAUCUAGUCGAACCUCCUGCAAUGUAGGAAUCUUUUGCCCAAUCUGUUUACCUUCCUUGCCUCCCGAUUCAAUCAUUCCUACCCAUCUCAGCAAAGUAAAGAGAAGGUGUAUGGGCAGACAGAUUCACGGGGGAGUGGGACAUGAUUAUAGAUUUCACAAUGACUUGCCUGUUUUUGGACAGGGACUAUGAAUAUAGAAAGGGAAUGUUCUCCUUCUAAUGAGGCCUCUUUGAAUAUACAUUUUAAAUAGCCAUACAUAUCGACACCAUCACAAUUUCAUUUCAUCUUUUCAGAAGGAGCCUAGGAGGUGAGAGGGAGGAAUCUAAGAAUAAAACAUGCUUGCUUUAUUUUAAAGUUUCCGUUUGUAUGCACACGCAUGCUUUUGGUUUGCACGGAAGAUAAAAAGUCAUUACAGUUAUUGCCAGUGAAUCUCUCUUUAUGUCUAGUAAUUGCCUUCCCUCCCUGGCAGGCAAGGGAAAGCUCACUCAGAGCUUGGCACACAAUAAUUGCCCAUUAAUUGUGAAACUAAGGCCCAUCCUCUUUUCAGUUUCGACACCCAGUGCUCUUCAGCCCUCUAUGGGGUUUAAACAGUAGAAGCAAGGGUGAGUAUAAAUGAAUGAAAAGAAAUUGGUUGGAAAUAAGUGCAUCCAAGAAGACUCAGCUCCUUUGGAAAUCUUGGGCAGUGUUAGAAACUCAGAUAUAUAAGCUAGGUGCCAAAUGGCUUCUUAAACCAAGGUUGCAGUUGCCAAAAUGGAAUGUCUAGUUGCCAUUUUGGGGCAAGACAGCUCUAAAGUCUUAUUUUUCAAAGGAUGGACUGACUGUGAUUGAUCCUCAGUGAAACAUCUGGCUAGUUCAGAGGGCAACCUCAAGCUGGGUUAGGAGCUUUGAAAACCGAAAGGCUGCGCAGAAAAAGCACUUUGGUUCCUGAAAUAUACUCGGAGUCAAGUGUGAAUUUCAUGCUCUUUAUUCAGCUCAUAGUAGCAAUGAAUGAAACUUUCCCCAAAACGUCUAGAUGUAUACAGUGGUACCUCAGAUUACAUACGCUUGAGGUUACAGACUCCGCUAACCCAGAAAUAGUACCUCGGGUUAAGAACUUUGCUUCGGGAUGAGAACAGAAAUUGUGCUCUGGCAGCGCGGCGGCAGCGGGAGGCCCCAUUAGCUAAAGUGAUGCUUCAGGUUAAGAACAGUUUCAGGUUAACAAUGGACCUCCGGAACGAAUUAAGUACUUAACCCGAGGUACUACUGUAUACAUUAUUUACACAAUGGGCCCUGCGUGAUUGGCUAAUUCCGGGCUGCUCCUGUAGGCCAAUCAGGUUGUGGAUUCACUUCCUCCGGAAGCCUGAUUGGCUGCUCCUGCAGGCCAAUCAGGUCACUGAUUCACUUCCACCUGGAGUUGGAUUGGGUGGCUCCCGCGGGCCAAUCAGACUGCUGCAUUCUGGAUCCUAUUGUUCUAGAAUUCAGCUCAGCACAUAACAGUUCCUGAAAUUCAUUCCGAUUGUGCAGAUAGGGUAUAACUGAUAGAAUUCUACAGGAUGGGUUAUUAGUGUGUGAAAACAGUCCAGGUCCAAUGAUCCCCACAUGCUGGAGAUGCAGCUGUCAUCCUGGCACCCAAACAUCUUCAGUUGGUCGCAAGUAGUUGGAGACUUCGGGUAAAGAUGCAUAAAGUUUUGCUGCAAAAUUGGGUUAAAUAGAGAUGAUAGAGGUCAAAAAUAGGUGCCUGGGUAUGACAAGGCUAUGUAAAAACGGAAUGCAAUUUCUGGUGUUUCAAAAAAGCUUUAGACACAGACUGUCCAAUGCUUCACUUUUUAUUUGAAGGGAAAUAUAUCUGGAAGAAAACAUUAGGACUCACAUGAUGCUGAAAAUGUGGUUAGAUUUGGGGUUGCAACAGAUAAUGUUGUCAUGUUAAGUGUGCAAAUGCAACGUAUUUUUAAUAUUUUUUAUAUCUACUUUUAGGUUAGGUAUUUGGUGUGUAAAGAAGAGGAAUACAGCUAUCACUCAGUUUAUUUUUAAAAAGUUACUAGCAGGUUGCGGGAGGCGGAUCUGGAUUACUACCCAGGUAGGAAGUAAGGGGCUUUAACCCUUUGUCUCCCACUGUAUUCAUGAGCCGGAUUGGGGGCCCUGUACCUUUUUGCUUAGGAAAAAGUGCUCCCAUUCCUACUAGUUGAAGCUUUCCUUUGGAUUCAAACAAGUGUUUGAAUCUGGAUCAUGGUUAAAGCCCCCUGCCUCUCCAUAUCAAGGGCCCUUUCACCUGCUAUUUACUUUGUAAAUGUUAUUUUUUAAAAUGGUAAUUACGUGAAUUGCAUGCAUUUCAUCUCGUUUGGCCUUUAAACCAAGGGAAUAUGUGGAACCCUCUUGCAUUAACUUGAUGGAUUUGUGUCACUGUUUCAAUGACCUGUAUGAAACCAGGAUCCAGGGUGCUUUAAAGGUCAGCACCAACACUUUGAAUUGUGCUCGGAAACAUACUGGGAGCCAGUUUAGGCCUUUCAAUAUGGUCUCAGCAGCCGCUCCCAGUAUAUUAACGUAGUUCUCGUUGUUUCCUGCAAACCUUGGGAGACUGUCUCUCUGCUCCCCUCUGCACUGUUCUCACACAGCUGCAUUUACAGACAGUAGCUGUGCCAAUAAGUUGCAUGAUGCUUAUAUCCUGAUAGGCAUCUUGGCCAUGCAUUUCCUGGUCUGCUCAGGCUGGCAGUGCAGAUGUGUGUUGGUUACUAGGCACGCAAACAGAUCUGAUAGGAGGCUGAGGAUUAGUGUAGCUGCUGCCGAUGUCACAAAGAAACUGAUUGUGAAUCAAAAGGGGAGGCUGUGUUACUGUCCAAGGCAGUUCUGAUGGGGAAUGUGUUUUGGGAGUCUCCCUUGGGUGCAAGGUUACCCAAACACAGUCUGUUCCCCCCCUCUGCUGACUUCCCAUUCUCAGACACCUUCAGUAUCACUCCUGCCAAUGCUGGCAAGCGCAGACAGAGAAACUGGCAGCCACGUAGAACUUCAAAAGAGACACUGGUGCACUUUCUCAGUCACCAGUAAGCAAGUUCUAGACAUCAGCACCGAGCCUUCUGGGUUGACCUCAGAAUGAAACUACAUUUUAAGGCUAAACAUGACGCUCCUCGCCCUGUGUUGGCCUUGUAGUGCUAAUGUGGACAUGCAUUUGCAGAGGGAAAUCUGUGAUUACAGGUUGGGGCACAUAACCCUUCUCACCACAUCUAUCUUGGGGUUUUUUGUUUGUCUUUGUAAAUUCCUCACCCACUUCCCAGUAUGUUUUUUGUGUUGGCUUUCUUCCUGUUGGGCUUCAAGACCGCAAGUCCCAGCUGUAGGGAAAAGCAUUUUUUCAGGGAUACCUUCAUGUUCACGAGAGAUAUUAAGCCCCCAUCUCCAUCUCACCUGUUCACAUGUGUUUGUAAAAGGUGUUAGACUGCAUUGUGCAUAGCUCGGAUCUCUGGAAGGGAAGCCGGGAAUUAGGUCGGCAUUGAUUAUAGCAAGUCGUAACGAAGCGAUGCACUUUAUUGCAUUCAGACAAAGGUCCUCAGUAUAUUCAUACUGCAAAUGAACACUUACCAGAUUAAAAUGUGCAAUUGAUAAUGUUAAUAAAAGCUGUCAUGUCAGUGGCAGAGGCUGCUCCGUUAGGGUGAAUGGGCACUGUCCCAGCGGCCUCAGUUUGACUCCCACAAGCCCCUCACCUGCCUGCCUUCUUAAAAAGGUAAAGGGACCAUGACCAUUAGGUCCAGUCGCAGAUGACUCUGGGGUUGCGGCACUCAUCUCGCUUUAUUGGCCGAGGGAGCUGGCAUACAGCAUACGGCAUACAGGUCAUGUGGCCAGCAUGACUAAGCCGCUUCUGGUGAACCAGAGCAGCACACAGAAAUGCUGUUUGCCUUCCCACCAGAGCGGUACCUAUUUAUCUACUUGCACUUUGACGUGCUUUCGAACUGCUAGGAGGGCAGGAGCAGGGACCAAGCAAUGGGAGCUCACCCUGUCGCAGGGAUUUGAACUGCCGACCUUAUGAUCAGCAAGCCCUAGGCUCUGUGGUUUAACCUACAGCGCCACCCGCAUCCCUUUUAGCCUGCCUUCUUACUUGCAACCAACCCAGAAAGUAGCACCCUUUAGUCUUAGUGUUACCCUGAUGGAACUCAGCAGGGAAGAGUGGGAGCACAGAACUAGAUUUAGUUGGUUCUAUCUGCCAUUGUUUUUGGCUCCACCUGCUUGUGGUCACCCUGCCUUCCGCUCCACCAAUCCCAACGGGCCUCAGCCACCACCAUUUCAAGGUAAAACGCUAAAAGGAUGAUUAAGAUCAGUCAAAGGUGACUAUGGAGUUGCAGCGCUCGUCUCGCUUUCAGGCCGAGGGAGCCAGCGUUUGUCAGCAGACAGCUUUCCGGAUCAUGUGGCCAGCAUGACUAAACCGCUUCUGGCGCAACGGAACACCGUGACAGAAGCCAGAGUGCACGGAAACGCUAUUUACCUUCCCGCCGCAGCAGUACCUAUUUAUCUACUUGCACUGGUGUGCUUUUGAACUUCUAGCUUGGCAGGAGCUGGUACAGAGUAACGGGAGCUCACCCCAUUGCCCAGAUUUGAACCACCAACUGUCCCAUCGGCAAGCCCAAGAGGCUCAGUGGUUUAGACCACAUCUCCACCUGCUCCCAUAUAUAGUGAUCAAAUCCUUAUUGUGAGUCCCUGCUAGCAUCUUCCAUACACCUAUGUACCCUUAGCCUAGGUACUUUGACCUGCAUACUUAGAGCACAUGAAAUGGAUCCUGCCUCUGGAAAACACACCAGAGUCUAACCUUCAUGUAUGUUUUUCCACUGCAAGAAAUCAUUAGCAUAUAAGAAAUAAAGUACAUGGAUCUGAAGAAAAGGGUAUGGGUGUCUAAGAACAUGGUUUUUAAUUACAGGAGGACCAUAGGAGUCAAGUCCUAGGGGCCAAGGUCCUUUGCCCUCCUCCUAUAAAAUAUUUGAGGGGGCUAGGCCCCCCAAAAAAGUUGAUGGGCAUUGCCAUUCAAAUGGUAUGUGUGUGCCGCAUCUUGUGAUCAGAUUAUGCAGGGCAAGGCUUACCUGGGCACCCCCAUUAUUUUAUUCAAGUUGGCACCCCUGAGUAGGACAGUCUAGGAUGUCUCAUCAAUUGGUUCAGUACUUGUGUGUAUGAGGUUAAGCACUUUCAAGUCCCAUUGAUUUCUGUGGGAGACAUUUAAGCACGUUCCCCCGCUGAGAUGAAUGGCAUUUAGAUUGCUUUUGGGCUGUGCAUGGUAAAUUGCAAAUUCAAACUCAGGGAAAAAACUCUGGAUUUAUUUAUUUUUGUCUAAAUGCAAUGGGCAUGCCACAGUCCAUUGUAAGAGUGUACCGCUGCUGUGCAAUGUGUAGGGUCCAACUUACCCCUUCUGCACAUGCAAACAAGACUGAAUAGGCAGGCAAUGCAAGAGGCCAUUAGGGUGAGUUGGAGGGACAUUCAUGCCUCUUAGAUCCUUAUCCAGUUUUCCCCUUCCACUUGGUGCAGGUCACUUGUGCCACGGAGCCCAAGUGACUUGUAUAAAGCAGAGCUGCCUGAUGAACUCAUGAGGCUGAGCUUUCAUCUCCCCCAGCUGCUCAUACAUGAUAGGGUGGAGGGCAGGGGAACCCCAUGCAUAUUCUCUGCACAUGGGCACUGUAUGGACUGGAUUAUGCUGAAUAGUAAGAGUAAUAUUGAAUUUUAUCAUUGUAAUGUUGUUGUGAUGAUUAUAUACACCAGUGUGCUUGACAAGUGUUGAGGAGAGCUGCACUGAGGAGGAAUGGUAGGAGCCUCCCCCUCCCCCUGAUCAGGAUCCUGAAUCUUCCCAGGAGCAGGAGGACGGUAUAGAUUUGGAACAGUGGUUUGCAGAGGGGCAUAGUUCAGAAGGCAGAAGCUGGGAAAUACUGGAUGGGGAACAGCUAGGAGAAGAAACACUGGGAGAGAGAGGGUUAACAGAUUCACCAUCUCUGGACAGUAUUCACCCCCCCCCCCUUCUCCAAAGUCAUGGAUAGCUCAGAAAGUGGCAGAACAGAAAGCGCAGAGGGUACAAGCUCAGAUUACAAGACGUAGAAGUGACGUAGAUUAAUAGGGGCAGAAGGGGGUGUGAUCCUUAAUUGGGAGCACCGCCAUUUUUAGGAGAUGAGUUCUUUGUUCUCUUACUGUGAUUAUUAAAGUUUCUAACUGGUAAAAAGACCCAUUUUCCUUUGUUCUGCUUAUCUAUUGCCACAGGGGGUGGGUGGGGGAGAGCCGAUUCCCUGAAGCCUGAGAACAAGACAGAGAAAUGCAACUCAAUUUCACCCUUGUUUGUUUUUUGUUUUGUUUUGUUUUUAUAUAAAAAAAUCAACAUAGAACAAAAAUAAAUGUUGCACUUAUAUUCCGUGGCUGAAAUUUCCCAUGGACGUAGUUUGGGGGAGGGCAGGGCAGGGGCAGGGGGACAGAAGAGCAACAUCACGGGGACAUGCUAGGGCUGGGCGAUAUAUCGUCCAAAACCGUUUAGAAGUCCAUAUUGUGAUGUCGUUUUCAUAAUUUUGAACAUUGCAAUAUAUUGUGAAUUAUUUUGUGUGUGUGUGUGUGUGUGUGUGUGCGCGCGCGCGCAUGUGUGUCCGCUAUGCUAUGCUAUGCAAAAAUCAUAAUGUGGGGAAAACUGUGGAGCCAGCCGACGCCUCGUGAUGUUCAACUGGUGAUAUAUCACGAUGUUGAAAACCAGAUAUCACCCAGCCUUAGUGACAUCAUCAUAGGUUAUGUAACCUUGCCCAGUGCCUAAAGGUUUUGAAAGUUCUGUUACAGCAGGAUAGAGGAAUCUCCACUUGGAUUCCAGCUCCUUUGGGGUAGGGAGUAAACAACUUCUGAAUGUGGAGUGUGUGUGUGUGUGUGUUCUUUAUACAGAGAGGUGUGCUCUUGUUCCCCUGUCUUCCGACGCUGUUGGUGCUAACUUAAUUCUCAGUACGAAUAGAUUAAAAGCCCCAUCGCCAUGCCAGUUUCCAUGAUUUCCAGGCCCAUCGUGGAAACGGCUAUGUCUUGAGUUGCUUUUUGAAGAACCCCAGGGCUCGGCAUUAAAAGAAAAUAUGUUUGUCUCCUUCAUAUAGAGUGUGCAUCUUUAGUCUCUUCGAAGACCCACCUGUGACGGGACCUGUAAUCUGCUGGUUACCCUCUGGCACUAAGCACAGCCAAAUGAAAUCCAUGCACAGUGAAGAGAGACUUCAGCACCCAACUAAUCAGAAUGGUGAAAGGGAGCUCUCUUACACAGCACUAGGGGAGAUAAUCAGAAGCAGUAAGUGGCAAACACGAGGCCGUACGCUGACAGGAUUUUGCUACAGCUUAUUGUGCAUUUGCUGCUACAGCUUCGCACCAGUCCCCCAUCCCACUAAGAAUAAGCCAUACAUGCCAUUGAUAGCCUCAUUUUAUACUUUCGGCCAGCAGGAGAGUUUCUGUAGAAUCACCUAACCCCCAUAUGACCUAAUAAUGUCCAUUUGUUUGUGUGUCCCUUCCCUCUCCCCUACAUGAAUUAACAAAGCAUCGGUCCUGGGGGGCUGCCUAACUCUGCCAAAUGCUUCCUCUCAUGAUGAUUGCCGCCAUUUCCUCCCGCUGCCGAACGAUGACGAUAAUAACCAUGUAUUGUGACUUAUACUUGAUACUGCUUGCUCUUCCUUUGCUUGUUCUUGUUAAGAAAUGUCCAUUUUAAAGAAGAAGAAGGAGAAGAAGAAGAAGAAAAACUUCCAAUAGGCCAACUGGGCAAAUAUCUCGGUAAACUACUUCACGAUAAGGCGGGCUACCUCAACACCAAUAAAAUUUUGUCAUGACCACCAGU